UAUUCAUCCACUCUUGUCCCCAGAGAUAAGCACUGAGAGCGACGUUUCCUCCGUUGAACCCAUGACAAGGCAAAGGAAGAGACUGCAAGUUUCUUAGGUCUCGCAUCUUUGGACACGUUUGCUUGUCAAAGGUCCUCCACACUACAAAGCUUUUAAAGUUCUGCAAAUGUCCCAGUUCAUAAGUUUUAUCGCCCUUUCCCAACUUUUGAAUUACCCUUUUCAGUUUUUUGAUAACCGAUCAUCAUCUCUCAGAGUGCUUCUGCACAAGAUGGCGCUCUUCUGUAGCCUGGUGAUCCUUCUCAUGACCAACCUCUUUUACAUGCCGGUGCAAUCUCUGAACAAUGAAAGCGUCGCGCUCUGGUACUUGAAACGGUCCAUCCGUGAGGACCCCAGCAGGUUCCUAAAAAAUUGGAGCUUGUCCGACGAAACUCCGUGCAAAUGGGAAGGAGUCGAAUGCACAAGAGACAGAGUUGUUUCUCUCAGCCUUUCGAAUAAGAAUCUCACCGGCCUCCUUCCUUCAAUUUUUGGAAACCUAUCGGCGCUCCAGCAUAUCGAUCUCAGGAACAACAACCUCUCGGGAAGCCUACCUGUCACGCUCUUUGAUGCGAAUGGGUUACAAAGCCUGGUGCUCUCAGGGAACUCUUUCUCCGGGAUGAUUCCUGAAGAACUUGGAAAGCUCGGUUCACUUCAGACCUUGGAUUUUUCCGGGAAUUCUUUCAACGGUUCGGUCCCAGCAUCAUUACUUCGGUGUGGGCAACUUAAAGUGCUCGAUUUGAGUCGGAAUGGAUUCUCAGGAUCCCUGCCUGAUGAGUUCGGGACUAGAUUAACUCAUCUAGAACAUCUCGAUCUUUCAUUCAACAAGUUCAACGGUUCCAUCCCCAGUGAUAUGGGGAACUUGUCGAGCUUGCAAGGGACUCUAAAUUUGUCAAAUAACUUGUUCAGUGGCCUGAUCCCAGCAAACCUAGGAAACCUCUCUGAGACAGUCUACAUUGAUCUCAGCCACAACAAACUCAGUGGACCAAUACCGCAAAAUGGUGCUCUACUCGAUGCAGGGCCGACUGCUUUCAUCGGUAAUCCUCUGCUCUGCGGAGCGCCACUCAAGUCGGUGUGCCCACCUGGCAUUCCCACCCCACAUUUCCCGCCAAUUCCUUCGAUUCCAUUCCAGGCUUUGCCUCCUGGGCCUAAAAGAGGAAGUGCCAUGAGUAAAGGGAUCUUGAUCUCAAUAAUUGCGAGCUCCAUGGUCGGAAGCUGCUUUCUCGGGUGGUUGUUGUCCCACGUAUGUCGAAAGUAUCGUGAUUGCAGGGUAUGUGACAGUAUUACUAACAGUGUUAAUGAAGAGAAAGUGAUGUUUAAGAAGGAGCUCUUCUGCUUUGGAAAGGAGACUGUCGAGGCUCUCUCGCAAAAGAUGGAGCAGUACAACUUCGUGGCACUGGAUUCGCAGGUUAAUUUCGAUCUCGACAAGCUCCUGAAAGCAUCUGCUUUCCUUUUGGGCAAGACAGGGACCGGAAUAGUUUACAAAGUUGUUCUUGAGGACGGGCUGAACUUAGCAGUCAGGAGAUUGGGCGGAGAUUCUCAGAGGCUAAAGGAAUUCCAAACCGAGGUCGAAGCAAUAGCAAAGAUCAAGCACUCGAAUAUCGUGCCUCUCCGAGCUUAUUGCUGGUCUGGCGAUGAGAAGCUGCUCAUAUACGAUUUCAUACCCAAUGGUGACCUCUCCGCAGCAGUACAUGGGAAGGCUGGGACAACAAAUUCAAUGCCGCUUUCAUGGAGCACACGUCUCAGGAUCAUGAAAGGAGUAGCAAAAGGCAUAGCCCAUCUUCAUGAGUUCAGUCCAAAAAGGUACGUCCAUGGAGACUUGAAACCGAGCAAUGUACUGCUUGGGAAGAAUAUGAAGCCCUUCAUCUCUGAUUUUGGCAUCAGUCGACUUGCUAAUUUCACUGGAGAAUCUUCAAAGUUUCACCUUGAACAAGUAGCAAUGGGGACGCCAGAGCCGAGCUCUCCCUAUGAGUUCACAGCAAUAAACACCACUGAGAAUUUGAGAUCCUAUUAUCAAGCGCCUGAAGCAUCCAAACCGACGAAGCCAUCGCAGAAGUGGGAUGUCUACUCCUUCGGGAUGAUUUUACUAGAGAUGAUCACAGGGAAGAUGCCCAUAGUUGAAGUGGGGUCUCUCAGAUUCGAUCUGGUCCGAUGGGUGCAGAUGAGUGUUGAUGAAAGAAUUCCAAUUUCCAGCAUUAUAGAUCCCAUCUUGCUCCACGAUCUUGACAAGGAAGAAGAGAUGGCCACAGUGCUUCACAUGGCUCUUGCUUGUCUGAACAAGAGCCCUGAAAGGAGACCUUCCAUGAGGCAUGUCUUGAACAAUUUGGACAAAUUGACCAUCUUCACCAAUACUUAGGCAUUACAGUUCUUAAUACAACAGUGGGAAGCGUUCAUCGUCCUUUGCAUGGAAGCUGGUUGUUAAACAAGUUGUGCCUCUUCAGAGUUUGCUACUGCAGAAACAGGUCUGGGAGUAGAAAGGUCCGGGCUGAUACAAUCUAAUCAGGCUCAGAGAAUCUACCGAGGAUUGUUUCAUCUCUUCAUCUCCCGUGGCAAGAUUUUUUUCAUUCUCAUGCUUAAAUAUGAGCCUAAGAGGUUGCUUGGUGGCAAUUCUCUCCCAUUUCUGAUCCUUGCUUAUACAGUUAGAUGAUAAAUAUGGUAAAUUGAAUUCGACAUAUAUAUAUUGUUGUACCUCCAUAUCUAGCAGUAAAGGUCGUUGUUCCAAGCA